AUGUUCUAUGAACGAGAAGACCCAGAAUCAGAAAUCAUAAGCGGGCACACCAAGAACACGAAGACUUCUACAGCAGGACGAGCAUCUGAUCAUGUCCCGGUUGUGGCGUCACUAUCGAGAAUAUUUUUGGAAACCGCAGGCAACGACACGCCAGGUUAUAGCUCGGAUCAGCAGCUCCGCCGGGCGAUUCAAACCAGUCUCAAUAAACACGCACCGCAUCCUCCGGGAGGACUACAAGAGACCACGGAUGAAAGUGAUCCUGGUACAACUACUGAUGGCGAGGAUCAUGCUGCUACCUCUGCCACUGGUGCUGCUGACGUGUCCUCCACACUACAGCUGCAGCUGGUAAGGAAAGAGGACGAUGCUGAUGCUGGUCACCAGCAGCUGGUGCUGGUGGACAUGAGAACGUCGAGUCCUUAUCUUUUGCAGCGACAUCAAGCAGGGUCGACAACAAGAAUUCGUUAA